AUGGUUCACAACGGUAUCGAGUAUGGUGACAUGCAGCUGAUAUGCGAGGCUUACGAUAUCAUGAAGCGUGGGCUCAGAAUGACAAACUCUGAGAUUGGUGAUGUUUUCACCAACUGGAACACUGGCGUCCUUGAUUCAUUCCUCAUCGAGAUCACUCGCGAUAUCAUGAAGUACAAUGAUCCUGCCGAUGGGACUCCUCUCGUGGAGAAGAUUCUCGACAGCGCCGGACAAAAGGGUACCGGAAAAUGGACUGCUAUCAAUGCUCUUGACUUGGGCAUGCCCGUCACUUUGAUUGGUGAAUCCGUUUUCGCCAGAUGCCUCUCCUCUAUCAAGGACGAGAGAGGCCGUGCUGCCCAGGUCCUCGAGGGCCCCGAAAUCCCAGCUUUCACUGGUGACAGGGAAGCUGCCAUAGCCGAUCUCGAACAGGCGCUUUACGCUAGCAAGAUCAUCUCCUACGCCCAGGGCUUUAUGCUUAUUCGUGAGGCUGCUAAAGAGUACAACUGGAAAUUGAACAACCCUGCCAUUGCUCUUAUGUGGCGUGGUGGAUGUAUUAUUCGCUCCGUCUUCCUUGCAGAUAUCACCAAGGCGUACCGUGCUAAGCCAGAUCUCGAGAACCUGCUUUUUGAUGACUUUUUCAAGGCAGCUAUUCACCAGGCUCAGCCCGGUUGGAGGAGAGCCAUCAUCCGGGGGAUCGAAUUUGGAAUCCCCACACCUUGCUUCUCUACUGCCCUGAGCUUCUACGACGGAUAUAGGACUAAGGAUCUUCCCGCCAACCUCUUACAGGCACAGAGAGAUUAUUUCGGCGCCCACACCUUCCGCGUCAAGCCCGAGCACCAGAGUGAGACCCUCCCUGAAGGAAAGGAUAUUCACAUCAACUGGACCGGGAGGGGAGGAAACGUUAGUGCCUCGACUUAUCUUGCUUAAAUUAAUGACCAAACAAUUGAAUUCGUCUUUUUUAUUCCUA